AGCCGACAAACAUAGUCCGUUUUUUACUGAUAAUAUACCCGAAAGAAAAAACAACUAUGAAAUUAGCGUUUCGAAACGCUUACUUUUCCCUCUCCUCUCGCUCCUUAAACCCUAACCCAAACCUCCCGUUACUUCCAUUCCUUCUCCGUAGGGUUUCCGAUUCCGUCGCACCUCCCUCUCUCCGCCGUCUCGUAAUGGAGACUCCGUGCUCCGCGUCCAUGGCGGUAGGUGAAAGUGAAUCCCACGCGCCGCUGUCGUCCCCUCCGCUGGAGAAGCAGUUCGAGGGCUUUUGCGUCCAGCUGGACGAGUCCGGCGUCCUGCGCGAGCGCAUCCGAGCCGUCGUGAUGGAGAUCGAGUCCACCACCAGGCUCAUGCACGCCGGCCUCCUCCUCGUUCACCAAGCUCGGCCGUCUCCUGAGGUUCUGGAGAGGCCGAAGGCUCAGAUCGGAGUGUUGAAGGAGCUCUACAAUCGGCUCGCUGAAAUUCUCCGCGAAUGUCCCGCGCAGUAUUACAGGUAUCAUGGUGAUUGGAGAGGCGAGACUCAGACAGUGGUUUCGUUGCUUGCUUUUAUGCACUGGUUAGAAACUGGAAAUCUUCUGUUGCACACUGAAGCCCAGGAAAAGCUUGGAUUGAACAAUUUGGACUUUGGUUUGGAUGUUGAAGACUACCUUAUUGGUAUUUGUUUUAUGUCAAGUGAAUUGCCUAGGUUUGUGGUAAACCAAGUGACAGCAGGGGACUAUGAUUGCCCAAGAAAGGUUUUGAAGUUCAUGACAGAACUCCAUGCAGCUUUCCGGAUGCUUAAUCUUCGCAAUGAUUUCCUGCGCAAGAAAUUCGAUGGUAUGAAGUAUGACUUAAGAAGAGUUGAAGAAGUUUACUAUGAUGUUAAGAUCCGAGGUUUAACGGCCAAUGAUGACUCAACGGGAGACACAACAAACCAAGAACAACCACAGGGACUUGUGUAAACUACCUCUUGGUUCAUCUUUGUUACCUUUUGGUUCAGAAAUACUGCUCUUUUUAAGAAACAGAAGUGACCCAAAAGGUUUGAUCUCAAAUUUUCAAAGCAUCUAUGUAACAACCCUUUAGCACGGUUGAGAGAGUUGAGUUCUAAACAAAAAGAGAAGCUUACUCAAGUCUUUGUUGAGAGAGUUGAGUUCUAAACAAAAAGAGAAGCUUACUCAAGUCUUUGUUGAGAGAGUUGAGUUCUAAACAAAAAGAGAAGCUUACUCAAGUCUUUGUUGAGAGAGUUGAGUUCUAAACAAAAAGAGAAGCUUACUCAAGUCUUUGUACAAAUCAAUUUUACUAUUCCUUUUUUAAAUUUCUAUUUGUUGCCAUUACUUUUCACUGGUCAAGAAAAAAUGACUUUUUCUUCUUUGCGUCUUACCAACUUGUUGCGUUGGGAAGUAGUGUUUUCUUUACAAAUUUGCCCUUUGAAACAAGGCCCUUCAGUACAACUGGAACGCAUAAGAGGAAAGUGGUCAUAAUUUUCCUGAAAUCUUUACCCGUCACAUCCAGAGAUCUCAAUCGUUUACUCAUCCAACCAAUGGGGUGAGAGAGAGUUUGACAUUACUGAUGUUCACCAAACUUUAAUCAUCACUUAUUUAAUGUUAAACUAAUGUUCAUGCUAAUAUAUGUAUUGAUUUGAUCGUAUUUACCGAGUAUUGGAAUCUUUGGUUGUCAAAGGCGUACAAUUCAUUAGCCUUUAAUCUUGUACCCGAAGGCAAGGUCUCUAUUUGAUAAGAGAUGCUUUGAUUCCAUGGUGAUUAUCAGU